UUGGCUACAUUGUAUCAGUUCCCACACGAAGAACCACCACGGCGCUCAUCCAGAAACGGCGAAUACGGAGGAAUUAACCUGGAUGGGAAGCUCUUCACUGUGGGAUUAAUUGCCAUAAGGUCGCGGAAGAGGACCGGACUUGUGUCGGGCUUGAGACCGCACCGAUAGAAUGCCCUCCGCACUCGGUUGUUUUCGAUGUGGACGGUAUCUCGAAGUGUGAUGGCAGAAGUCCAGUGAAUCGCUGGCCUCCCCUCCUCUCUUGUGUUGGAUGUCUUGGGGAGUGCGCUGCCACUGCUUUCUGGUACUUCAGAUUUUUUUUAGAGGUUUUACUGUAAUUCAAGCCAAUUCCUCUGAUUUGUUCUUUUUAUGGAGUGCACACCACCAUGGACAUACCAGGGUUUGGAAUAGGAGUGGCUAGCUAAGUCGGGCAAAAUGUGGAUAAAUGGGACAGGGACGAGUAGACCGUGAGGAUUCUCUAACCCUUGCCCCUGAGUCCCAACCGUCUGAGAGGGUGUCGGACCUCACUGAGGCAAUCCUGGGCCGUUGGCACUAAAAUGUCCCUAAGUGGUGGCACUGCAGGCGGGAAAGGUGUGGACUCUAAUGCGGUGGACACUUACGACAGCGGGGAUGAGUGGGAUAUCGGUGUUGGAAAUCUGAUUAUUGACCUUGACGCUGACUUAGAGAAGGACAAACUUGAGAUGUCUGGCACCAAGGACGGUAUGGCGGCACCACCCAGUGCAGUGGCAGCAUUGCCUGACAACAUCAGGUUUGUUAGUCCAGUGUCUGGCUCUCAAGGUAAGGAAAGCAAAUCCAAAUACAAGCGCAGUAAGAACUCUAAAGACAAUAGUAGCAAAGCUUCGGCAGGAGAUGGGGGCAAAAAAGAAACAGGACGGACUCAAGGGGAGCCAACAGGCACAGCAGCGAGUGCAGGAGCUGCUGGCAACAAUUCCACCUCUGGGAAGAACAUGGAGAAAGGGGGCAAAGCCUCCAGAGGUGGUCUGAGUGGUAAAAAAGAGAAAGAAGGAGCUAGUGGGAAAAGUAAGAAGGACAAAACAGAUGGAGCCCCAGUCGUGGCAAUAGCUGCUGCGGAGAAGGAUGUUGUGUCUCAAGCCCAAGUUGCUUUGGGGAAUAGUCGUAAUACGUCCUUUGAGAACACACAAUCAACAGACUUGGCAGAAGCCAAUCAAAUGGGGAAUAUUGCACUUGAAGCUGUUGGGAUAGUACCAGCAUUGACCACAAAAACUGAACCGGAGGAGGUGGAAAAUGGUAAUAGUGAAUGCAAGACGUUAAAGAAGGUGAAAAAUGAAAAGAUGGAAUCUCCCGUCUCCACGCCAGCACCUCCUCCCCUCCAUCUCCUGGCCACAGUAGGCAACAGCGAGAUUGCCUCGCCGUGCGAGCAGAUAAUGGUGCGCACACGCUCAGUGGCGGUGAACACAUCCGACGUGGCCCUGGCGACUGAGCCCGAGUGCUUGGGGCCCUGCGAGCCUGGUACCAGCGUCAAUCUCGAAGGCAUCGUGUGGCAGGAAACCGAAGACGGCAUGCUGGUGGUCAAUGUUACCUGGAGAAACAAGACAUAUGUGGGCACCCUGUUGGACUGUACGCGACAUGACUGGGCUCCUCCCAGGUUUUGCGAAUCCCCUACAAGUGAUCUGGAGAUGAGGAAUGGCCGCGGUCGAGGUAAGCGAAUGAGACCGAAUAGCAACACCCCUAUCAACGAGAACAGCAACUCAUCAGACAACAAGGGCACCGCCAACAACAAGACGCGUGCUGCGUCUAACAGCAAGGGCCGGAGGGGCAGCCAGACGCCAUCAGAGCGCCGCACCCCACCCAACAGCAACACAGAGGACAUCAAAGCCAGUCCCUCCUCAGCCGGAAAACGCAAGACCAAACCAGCCUCAGACAUGGAACCCAAUUCCAGCUCAGAGGACACCAAAGGCAACAAACGCAUGCGGACAAACUCCAACAGCGGAGGUGCAGGAUCAACAGGUCUACCUAUCCCUUCUAUUAAGACUGAGCCACUUCCACCUCCCCUCGACCGCAGCUGCCCCUCUCCAGUUCUUAUUGACUGCCCACACCCUAACUGCAACAAAAAGUACAAGCACAUCAAUGGUCUGAAGUACCACCAAGCCCGUGCCCACAAUGAUGAUGACAUAAAGCUGGACUUAGAUGGAGACAGUGAAUAUGGAGAGGACUCAACUCUCCACCCUGAACCAGGGAACUGUAAUGGAGCCUCUAUCUCUCAGAAAGGAUGCUUGUCUCCUGCAAGAUCAGUUACUCCAAAAGGCAGGAAUUUUGAUGCUCAGAGUCCUUCCCCGUCUCCUGGCAAGUUUGGUUCAAAGCAGAGUAAAAAGAAAAUUGCUGAGACUGAUCCGGAACUGGUGGGUACGCAGGCAGACGGGUGUGAAGAUGGGCUAUGCCUCACUGAUGAGGCCAGUAACGAUGGUAUAGAUGAUAAGAGAGGAUCAGACAAGUCCAAAAAGGGUAACACUGGGACCAAGGCUGAUAAACUCUCCCAGAAAAACAUGAAGUCACCACGGCCCAUUGGCCCUGGCUCUACAGCAACCCAGCAGAUGUAUUCUUUUCCUCCAGGAAACCCAAAUUCUUCCCCGGGGCUUACCCCAAUGAUACAAGGAAUCCCCAAAAGCCCCCAAAUGAAAGGCACACAGCCCAAACCUCCUGCCAUUGGAGAUCCUGCCUCAAAUAGCUCCAAAGACAAGAAGAAGAAGGACAAGAAGAAAAAAGAUGGCGGGAAGGAGGCUGACAGCCCCAAGCCUCCGGGAAAGGGAGGAAAACUGGAGGAAGGAAAGCUUCCAUACUCUGAACUUUCUGAUCAAGGAAAUAAGGGGGAAGGACUCCUCAAUGGCUCCUCAGAUCCACAUCAGAGUCGCUUGGCCAGUAUCAAGGCUGAGGCUGACAAGAUUUACAGCUUUUCUGACAAUGCCCCUAGCCCAUCCAUUGGUGUAGCUAGUCGGAUAGAUGGCACUGGAAUGCCACAGCCUCUCACGCCACUUCACGUGGUGAACCAGAAUGGUGCCGACAACUCUUCAGUCAAAACCAAUAGUCCAGCAUAUUCAGACAUUUCAGAUGCUGGUGAGGAUGGCGAAGGGAAACUAGAAGGUGUUAAAGUCAGGACAGAGGACCAAGCCAUCAGGGAAAGUGUCAAAAAAGCGCUCUUUCCAAACCAGACACCCAGCAAAGAUUCCCCAUACUAUCACGGCUAUGAGACUUACUACUCACCCAAUUAUGUCAACCCCAGUCCUGGCGGGCCCAAUCCCGGCACGCCAGUGGCUGAAGGUCAGGUUAAGAUCAAAAAGGAUGAUGACCAGGACCAAGGUGAGGAAAAAGUCAAGGUUGACAUGCAUGAAGACCGCAAACCUGACAGCAGUGUUCCUGGCCAGCAGCAGCAACAGCAACAGCAACCCUCAGUCAUCCAACAGCGAUCCAACAUGUACAUGCAACCUCUUUACUACAACCAGUAUGCUUAUGUCCCGCCAUAUGCGUACCAUCCUGAUCAAGCCUACCAUAACCACUUGAUGAACACCAACCCAGCCUACCGGCAACAAUACGAGGAGCGGCAGCGACAGAUGGCUGAGCAGCAUCGUGCUGCUGAGAAGAAGUCAGAUGUAGCCAUAAAAGAACGAGAGGCCUCCAUGAAGGAGGAGUGGAAACAAAAGAGCCCAAUGCCACCAAGCCUCUCCAAAGCCCCAAGUCAGUCAGAUCUUGGGAAAACACCGCAGCCCCCAAGCAAAUCUAGGGACUCGCCCUCUGAGCCCUCUUCCAAAUCGCUGGGAAGCAUAAAGGGGGAGGACCCAAAGUCCCAGCAAGCUGAGGGGCUGAAGAUGAAGCUGACUGAUGGGGGCCACCAUGGAAAGGAAGACUCUAAGCAAGUACUGGAGUCCAGAGGUCAGGCAGGGAUGGAGCAGGCCAUGUGGUACAGACAGCAGUACCCUGAGAGCCAGAAGCCGCAGGCAGAAGACGAACACCAGCAACAACAACCUCGAUGGAAAGAUGAAAGGGACAGAGAACGGGAACGCGAUCGUAAAUUAAAGGAAGACAGGCCCAGGCCCAAGGACAGUCAAAGUGGGCCCAAGGAGGACGGCAAAGAGGGCAGUGAUCCCAGAAUCACCUCUGAGGACCACCGGGCCAUGAGCAAAGACUCUCGUUCUAAUCCCCACAUGCAGUUCUCAUCACCACUAGCACAGCACCAAGGCUACAUGCCCUACAUGCAUGGUUACCCCUAUGGACAAGGCUAUGACCCCAACCACCCUGGAUACAGGGGCAUGCCCUCAGUCAUGAUGCAGAAUUACCCAGGUUCUUAUCUACCCGGAGGCUAUCCAUUUUCUCCAUAUGGCAGUAAAAUAGCCGGCGGCGAGGAAGGCAGCGACAAAUCUCGCGCUAGCCCUACUGUCACCAAAACAGCAACGGACUCCAAAGCCCUGGAUAUCCUGCAUCAGCACGCCAGCCAAUACAAGAGCAAAUCCCCCACAGUAGGUGACAAGCCACCCCAUGACAGGGAGAGGGAGCAGGACAGAGGAGCUGGUGGAGACAGAGAUCGGGAAAGGGAGCGCGAGAGGGAAAGAGAAAGAGACAUGGACCGACCGCGAUCCUCCCCCUCCCAGCGCAUCAUGCCCUCUCACCACCACCUGGGCUACCCCCUGCUCUCAGGCCAAUAUGACCUGUCCUACGCCACAGGUCUCUCCUCAUCAGCUAUUGUUGCCAGCCAACAAGCAGCAACCCCCUCCCUCUACCCACCACCACGGAGGUGAGAACGGGAAACCUGACCGUCACACCUCAACCCUGCAAAGAUUCAUGUGACUGGCUCACAUGAGAGGAAAAUCUCCCGGGUGUUACCUUUUAGACAUCAGUUGAAUGGUGUUUAUAUCUAUAUUUUUAGUUCUUCUGUCCCGAGGCGAGGCAGAUUGUCGUUUUUUUGUUGUUGUUUUUUUUCCCCUCCCCUCGUAAAUGACCCCAAAUUUUCCAGACCUUGGACUGUAACAAGACUGAUAAUAACCCAGGUUCAAAGCCAUCACUCUGCCUCAUCGCGCAGAGGAAACACCAACCCGCUGAUUAUCUAGUCUUUGCACUGUCAACAAAUACAAUGCAAAAAGAGACUAUUGGACUGCCAGAACAGCUUUUUUCUUGUUUUUUUCUUUGACUGCAUUGUUUUUUGUCACACGCAGAAAGAAAUUGGCAGGGGAUGUAGAGUGGCUGAUGGGAAAGGGGAGUCAAACUAAAUUAAAGACUGAAAAAAAAAAGUGAAUCAUAUUGAAAUGAUUUCAACUCUUUUGUCUUUGGCUUAUUGUAUGCCGUGAAACAACAGUAUAUCCUUAACUUGACAAAUGUUUGGCUAUAUUUCGUGGGGAGAGGGAAUAUGGCAACAGCUGCUUUCAUCAGAGACUUAAGAGCCUGAGACUGAAGGUUUUUUUUUUUUUUUCAUCUUCCAUCGUCAUUGUUGAUUCCCAUCCUCUAUGAACCCUCAGUUCUUGUUUCAGGGAUGAUGUCGUCAUGUUUCGCGAAGGGACCGCACACACCUCAAUGGAGAAUAAACACUAUUCAUGUUUCUUUUCUUUUCUAUUUUUUUUCUUCUCUCUUCAGUCCAUAUCAUUGUGUUCAUCCUUGAAUGUGUCUGACGCUGGUGUUAGUCCGGUUUUGCCUCACAGUGAAAGGGUCUCUGUCUUUACACUCACUCGAAACGGUGAAGCCACAUCAGCGAGCGAUGAGUUCACGGGGCAUUGUCAUCCCUGCGUUCGGCCACUUGUGACGGUUUUUGGUGUUUUACUGUAAGAUUGUGCUUCGUUCAGCUCGUCAAGUUUGUUUCUGUAAACAAUGUGAAAUUUCACUUGACUCAUGUGUUUUUCUGCUGUAAUAUAGACUUUUAGCCUACUUUUAUGUGCAUAAAUGUUUAUAUUUAUCCCAGCACGCAACUGUUUAAGAAGUGUCACUGUUAAAUAGCUUCUGGUCUCCACAGAGUUUUAACAUUAUGUGCUCAGAUCAUUAACGCUGCAGAGUCCCUGAACGUCUCACGGUGCUUCCUCUUCGCCCCAGCUUUGGUUUGAUUUGACUCACUUGACCUCUACUUUAUCAGCACAUCACAGGCUCGGUUCACAUCUCCAUUCAUCCCAGCAUGCGGUGUGCAGUUCAGACUGGUUCCAGACCUCUGGAUGGCUGUCCACAUCUCAGAUCCUUAUCAGCAAUUCAGUGGCAACUCAAACGGAUAAUUCACUCAGAUUAACUGAAAACAAAACAGCGAAUCGGUCAGAUUUCUGGUGAAAACAUCUCAUGGUGCUUCAUCCCUUGCUCGUGUGGCUUCACCAUAACACACAGUGGUUGGCUCGGUUUUCUCACCAGCGGCAAGCUUUGGAUCAGUCCAAAGAGUCUGCUACCUCAGACAGCAGUUUGCUUUGUUCAGUUGCUGCCUGUGCCGUAAGCGCGACCACUGGCACAUUAAACAUGAGUGCAUGAAAUGACCCAAAACAUCUUCCCGCUCUCACUAUCACAGAACAAACACGAACCGAUCGGACGCAGACAGUGAGCUUGAACGAAAAGGAAGGUUGAGCCAGCGCAGAGCUCGGAGCAAAAGCUAACAUGGCAAAACGAGUGAAUCAUGCGCACGACUGAGGUUGGCCAAUCGGCUGAAAAGGAGCACGUCGCUCGAGGCUCUCCUUUGGAUCUCCGACGGGUGGUGCCGCUCUGUAAAUUCCACCAAGUCUUGUUAACUUUAAGCAACUGUCAACAGGGCCUGUUCUACCAGAGGGACCCUCUUGGCUUUAAAUUACAGUUCUCUCAUACCUCAGGGGUUGUAAGUGAAAUUCUAUCCAUAUGCUGUUUGCAUUGAUUUCAGAGGGCUUCUGUUUAUGGGUGUGAGAAAAGCACAUUUUCUGCUCUGAGCUGGAAGUGCUGCAGUGGUUCAUUCAGAGAUGACAAAUUGGCUCAGGAUGGGGAUCUGUUAAAGGUUUUAUGCCUCACAGCGCUGUUGCGGGUUGUGAACAGUCUUCACGUUCCUCUGAAGCAUAACAACGAGUAGAAUAUUGACCAUGUUGUCGUUAAAUUAAAUUUGAUUGAUUUUGGUUUCACAAUCACUCUUGAUGAUCCCAUUGUUGUAGUUUUUUUUUUUUCCCCUCAUUUAAUACCGUGUGCGUUCGAGUCCGUAAGCCACCGGUUGAUCUCAUGUCUAACGCGCUGCGAUGUUGGACGCUGGCUGUUUGUUGAGACACUACUUAUGAUUAUGAAACUGCAGCUUUUCAUUUUGAGGUUCUUGGACAUUCCCAGUAAAUAAGUUGCCAGUUUCUCGUCCCACGGAAGUUUGCAAGACGGUAUCUCUUUUGACUUUUUUGCGCAUUUUAAAGAAGAAUGGCUGACAUGAAUAAGCUGAAUGUGGUGGUGUUUGACUUGUACUUAAUCUGUAAGGGUAAUCUAGGCAGCUGUGAUGUUGUCAUUAAAGUCAGUGGGUUUUAGUACCAGCAGACUGCAUACAGUACAUAUAGUUUUAUCAGACAAUGGUUGUGACAAGUGCAUUUGUUCUCUCUCUGAGAGUAGUAAUGUUAUCUCAGUAGUAAGCAAAGCCCAGUGAAAACCAUAUAUACUAAAGUGUAUGAAAAGCCAGAAAAGUAAUGUUUGCUAUCAACAUAUUGGAAAGUGCUUGGCUCUUGUAUUUUGCAGGACUGUAUUUGUUUCAUGGUGAAGAGUAUAUUUAUUGGCCAGCAGUUGUCUCAAUUGGUGCCUAGUUGAACAUUCUUCUGUGAAAAUGCAGAGACACUUGCUCGUUUGUCUUUUCCUGACCCACCUACUGUCACACAAAACCCCUCCCCCGCCCCACCCCCCACCCCCUCCUCCCCCCCAAAAAAGAGCACCAGUUCUGGUGCUUGCAAGGAUGUUUACAAUGUCUUCAUUUUCUUUCUGUGUGAGAAAAUUCAGAACUCUUUGCCCUCUCCUUUCUCCCGCCCUUCAGGAGUUUGUGUAAAGUGUACAUUACCAUGGUUCUUUUUUAUACAAUACUCUGUAACUUGCCUUUGUAAAUUUGGGCUGGAAAAAAAUAAAUCUUUUUAUGAGACAAUCUGUCCUGGGACCUGCUCAAUGGCCUCC